AUGUGGUGGGCUCCCACGCUCCUUUUGCCAUGUUCUGCCCUGUAUUUUGCAGUGGCCUACGCUCAAGCUUUAUCGACCGUCACUUACGGGCCAAGUGGACCAUGUCCUGUACCAUCAAUCACCAGUGUCGUCGUUGUACAGCCAGCAGUAUACAGCUCGUUCAUCCAAUCCGCAUCUCAAAUCUACAACAUCUUUGGUGAUGGAAACACUAUCGUGAUCAACAAUGCCCCAACGACGUAUAUUACGACUUCAUAUAUCUCGACAACCAUCGUCACGACUAUUACGACAUCGACAGUCAAUCCUACAGACGUUUACAGCUCUUCAACCUCGUCCACUAGCAGCGUGACCGUCGGGUCCAGCACCAGUGCUUCUCCAGUGCCAACCUCAUCUGGCGUCUCGAGCACCACGUCAACGGCUGGCCAGAGCACUUCUGGCACUCCCGCUUCGACAACAGCGCAGCAAACUUUUGCACCAGUGGCUCCUCCACCAGCAACAACAACAACUCCUCCGGUUCUAACAAUAGUCACCACAGACGCCAAUGGAAAUACGGCAACGGUAACAGAAACUCAACCAGAUCUAACUUUGGGUCAGGGUUUACCGACCGGGACUGUCAGCGAUAUUCCCGCAACCUCGCCGGUACUGCUUGGGUUUACGUUUGGCGGGGUCGGAGCGAAAGUCAAGAGAGACGCUUACUAUGAACAGUGGGAGUAUGGAAUGGUCGGAAGACACAAUAGGAAAGAAGAAAAGAGACAAGACAAUUCGGUACUCCCCGAUGAGCCACCUCAAGGACUGCUUCAGGGUGAAAAGGGAGAAGCAGGCAACAACUGUGGAUUUGCGACUCGAUUUUAUAUAUCGGCCGGUCGGCUGUCGGCUGGAAACAGCACUGUGGGACGUAACUCCAGCGACAUAUUUGUGGCAAUGUCACCGGAACCAUACCCGAACGAUGUCACUACCAGCUUUUUCUUCGAGAACGGCAUCUUGGGAUGGAACUCGUCUGAUAAAGGCUCAGCAACCUUCUACCAAUGUGGUGAUGGACACAUUUAUGCAGGCUUCCCCAGCCCUGCCUUGCCAGAUUGUUAUAUGAUCACGAUUGGAGGCAUAGCUGCUGCAGCCUGUCCGGUAGACUAUACGGACAAAGCCGUCACUCCUCCAGAUGAUGGUUCAUCAACAACAUCUGUGGUGACUUCCACGACCACUACUACGACCGACGAAACAGAGACAUCAACCACAAUCACUACCACGGCCGACGAAACAGAGACAUCGCCCACAACCACAACGACGCCGACUGAAUCCCCCACCGACUCCACGACUCCACCCGUCUCGAGCACGCCAACAGACAUCAGUACGUCGGAAGUACCGACGACAACCCCAGAGAGCACCCUUGAUUCAACCACAGCAGCGCCGCCAGACUCGACUACUCCAGCACAGACGAGUCAAACAACUGUGGCCCCGCCUCCGUCAAGUGUACCAACGUCUGAAGUCAGCACUCCGCCAGCUUCAUCGAGUGCUGUGGUGUCUCCUCCAGCCGCGAGCAGCACGACCGCAGUAGCGCCUCCUCCCGUAUCAAGUACGUCGCCAGCCACUCCAGCAGCAAGCAGUACAGCCAUAGUGGUCCCUCCUGCCUCGAGCACAUCUCCAGUCGUUCCAGCAUCAAGUACUACGUCACCUCAAGUACUCCUGCCUACGACAACCACAACACAACGCAGCAGCACCAGCAGUCCAGCAGCGAGCUCCAGUGGCAGUGUGAGUGCAGUGGUCAGUUCGACCGGACCGAUCGUGGCUACCACUACAGUUCAACCGUCUGGAAGCCAAGCUAGCGCUUCGGUUUCCGCACCCGGGACAAGCAGUGGACCUGCUGGUGGACCAAGUACUACCUCGGUGGUUGGCCAGAGUCCGAGCACGACUCCCGGUACCGUGAACCCUGUCUCUACAAGUACUUCAGCAGGUAUAGUGUCCUCCUCUCCCUCAUCCACUCUUCCCCCUUCCACAAGUACCACAACCUCGCCUGUUAGCAGCAGUGUACCGCCCGGAACGGCGUCUUCGCUGCCCGCAACUUCGACAUCUGCUCCAGGACUAAGCACGAACUCGCCAGCAUCUACAGGGAGCAGUAUUGCGGGAACGUCAUCGUCGGCGCCUGCAUCGCCUCCUACAAGUACUACUUCUGCUACAGGAGUUGUAACCACGCAGAGUUCGCCACCGGCAACAACACAGAGUGUGACGCAGCCUUCCGUGACUUCUCAACCUGGUAGCUCAUCAGUGGCGGCGGGUUCAAGCUCCGGUACGUCUUUUGCAAUUGCAUAUACCAGCUCUUCCAAUGCAUCCCCAACAUCUCCGUCCUCCUCGAAUGGCGCUGUAUCCACGAGCGCGCCUAAUCCCCCAGAUACUACCACGGGAACGACUUCUUCGUCCACUCUGCCAGCUCAAGGCCCAAGUUCUAGUAGCUCAAACUCGGCAACAGCGCCUCAAUCUUCGUCCACGACAAGCUCACCUUUUGGAACUUCAGGCUCGACCACGAUGUUGGUUAAUCCUAGUUCUAGCACGACGACUAGCACGACAACUGCAGUGGGCACUACCUCAACAACUACGAGCACGACCAGUGCAGGUUCGGGAACGUCAACGACGACUCAAACAUCCACUUCCACGAGUGCCGCACUGUCGUCCACGACCACAACUAGCGCCAGUGCUACGUCGACUGCCACUACGACAUAUACCUCAACUACAGCUGUAACUACAGGUACUCACGAGUUCAAGUACGUCAACGUCGUCUACCAGCACUUCUUCUGUGGUCACAAGCUCGAGCAUUUCAACGAGCACGACUUCGACAGUUACGAGCUUGAGCACGUCGACUUCGACGUUUUCAACUGGUACAACUUCUACUGUCACGACUUCGAGUACUACAUCUUCUUCUGUGACUACUUUGAGCACCUCAACAAGCACAACUUCCACAGUUACGAGCUCGAGCACAUUGACUUCGAGUACUACAUCUUCUACUCUGACAAGUUCAACCACCUCGACGAGUAUUACGAGCUCGAGCACGUCGACUUCUACAAUAUCGACUUCGACUACAACUACUACUGUGCCAAGUACAAGCAGCUCAACGAGCACGAGCACUCCAUCUGCAAGUUCAAGUACAUCAACUUCCACAGUCACAAAUCUAAGUACGUCGAGUUCCACUUUUCCAACUUCAAGCACUUCGAGUUCGACUGGCACAAGUUCAAGCACUUCAAGUUCGGCUACCACAAGUCCCAGCACUUCUAG